CAUGGGCUUCAUAGUUUUGGCCCAAGAAUAAACCCAAUAAGCCCACAAACCAAACCCUAGUUAGUGUAACCUUAACACAAUAUAUUGAAGCCAGAAACCAGUAAAAACCCUAGCGAACUCUAGCAGCGGCACAGACAGAGAAAUCAAAAAUGAAGUUCAAUCCACGAGUGUCGAGCAGCCGUCGCAAGAGCCGCAAGGCUCAUUUCACGGCACCAUCCAGCCUCCGCCGUGUUCUCAUGAGCGCGCCUCUCUCCGCCGACCUCCGUGCCAAAUACAACGUCCGUUCUAUGCCGGUGAGGAAAGACGACGAAGUUCAAGUCGUCCGUGGUACAUUCAAAGGCCGUGAAGGUAAGGUUACACAGGUUUACAGGCGCAAGUGGGUGAUCCACAUCGAGCGCAUCACAAGGGAAAAGGUGAAUGGAUCCACCGUGAAUGUUGGUGUGAACCCUUCCAAGGUUGUUAUCACAAAGCUGAGACUUGAUAAGGACAGGAAAUCUCUUCUUGAUAGGAAGGCUAAGGGACGUGCUGCCGCUGAUAAGGAGAAGGGUACCAAGUUUGCUCCUGAGGAUAUUAUGCAGACUAUUGAUUAGUCCUUCUCUUUUUUGAGUAAUUGUGUUUUUUUAUUUUAUUUUGGUAUUAGAAAAUUAUUAUAUCAAACUUUGAGGUUGUUCUUCUUUAAUUUGUUAUGUUAAUCAAACUUUUUGAUUUA